CCCUGCCCAGGCCCUGGGGAAAUUCAAUUCAAAUAUGGGUUCAACUUCUCAGAGAAGGGGAGACUCCACCUCCAAGACAACUCAUCUCAGUGCAGCCUGGGUCUCUCCAUCUGCAGUUGGGAGCACCAUGGAGGCUCGAGGGAUGCGCCUGGCCCUGCGGCUCCUCACACUUUGCACACUCAUGCACGUGCUCUCCAGUGAAAUAUUUCCUCCAGCACUCAGACAAGAGCUGUGUGAAAGCGGGUAUCUCGGAGAACUCUGCAACCACCCUGUAAGGAAAGGAUCCUGUAAGUUGGCUCUGUACAGAUACUACUACAACAAGAUCACAGCCUUAUGUGAACCCUUCGUCUUCUCUGGCUGUGGAGGCAACAGGAACAACUUUAAAAGUAAAUACGCCUGUGAGUUCUAUUGCAUUUAUAAGCAGGUAAGUCCCUUGGGGCCUCGCCCCACCAUUAAUGAUGCUGGAUGGCUAGGAUCAUAGUUUUACAGGCAACACUUAAAAAGAAGCUAG